CGCAUUAGUGUAGGUGAGGUUUAAUGAGACUCCAUUGGAUUGUAAUCAGCGUCAUGUCGGAUUCAUGUAAACUACAACACUGUAACAAAAUGGCGACUGUUUAGGUGACAGCAGGAACAUUUGUCUCCCUGACAAGUAACAAGUAACGGCCCGUUACGGCGUUAUCAGCGGAGCGCGCGGCCAGCGUCUGCUCGGCGGCGGUCCACAGACGCGUCACCGACGUGUAGCGGCGGCUGUCACCGAAAUUUAAUCUGGGAUUUCAGUAACUAAAGAUCCAGGUCACCUGUCACCUGCAACAGUGGGAUUUACUAGUUCUAGCCAUUUGGACACACAUGAUUGAGACUGAAUGUGUGGAUGGUAGCGUGGAAGGUAACCUUUUUGACCUUAUUGAGGAUGUGGAUGUAUCAAACAGUCAGCAGCACAAAGGAGGAUUCUGCAUGGAUCACGUUUUUGCCAGCGUAAUUGUUCAACCAUGGUAAAACUUGCAAACCCUCUGUACACGGAGUGGAUUCUGGAAGCAAUACAGAAAAUCAAACGGCAGAAGCAGAGGCCCUCGGAGGAGAGAAUUUGUCAUGCUGUGGCGACGUUGCACGGACUGGACAAGAAGGCCGUCCUUGAGCAGUUGGAAUUAAGUGUUCAUGAUUGCUCUAUUCUCAAGGUUACAAAUAAGGGGAGCGCAUCCUACAAGGACCCGGGGAAUCCCGGGAGAAUUGGAUCGAUUCCACCUGCAAACGUAUCUGUGCCAUCUAAGGAAUCUAUAUGGAAUUCAAGUGAUUUGCGCCAUAUUGAUUGGAAUAAAAUACUUAAGAGGGCCAUCGAGGCCCUGGAUGAUACCCAUGGCUCCUCGCUAAAGAACAUCGAGAGGUACCUGAGGAAUCAGGUUGACCUUUCAGACAUUGUUGAUAACACUGCCUUUCGGCAGAGGAUACGGCUGGCAGCCAAGCGGUCAGUUAGCAAUGGCAGGUUGUUAAAAAAUGGUCCUCGGUAUAAGGUCAGCCACGGCGGUGUGGAGGGAAGGAGCUCCAGGUGUCGAAGUGCUUCCCCCUUGGUCAUGACAUCAUCGGUGAUACUCCUGCCCCAUGAGCGUGAUCAGCUCCGGGUCGACCCCAUCCCAAUAUGCAGUUUCUGUCUUGGAACAAAAGAGUCGAAUCGGGACAAGCGGCCAGAGGAGCUGCUGUCCUGCGCAGACUGUGGGAGCAGUGGACAUCCAUCAUGUCUGAAAUUUUCCCCCGAGUUAACCUCAAAUGUGAAGCGAUUGCGGUGGCAGUGUAUUGAAUGCAAAACCUGCAGCUCCUGUCGAAUACAGGGGAAAAAUGCUGACGAGAUGCUGUUCUGCGAUUCGUGUGAUCGGGGGUUUCACAUGGAAUGCUGCGACCCGCCGCUUUCCCGAAUGCCUAAAGGAAUCUGGAUCUGCCAAGUCUGCAGGCCAAAGGAGAACAGCAAGAAACUGCUGCACAGGAAAGCCGAUCAGAUCAAACGUCGUUAUGCAAAGCCAAUGGGGAGGCCCCGAAAUAAGCUCAAACAAAGAAUGUCUGUAACCAGUGGCGAUGGCUCCACGGUAGCACUUGGAGGAAGAGGGUCACCUGGUAGGGGUCAAAAGAUUACCGUCUGUUCCACACCUUCAUCUGGUCAUGCUGCAUCUGUGAAGGACUCCAGAGACAGAUUGACUGUUGCAGACCUCUGUUGUGCGGUCGACGCCACUCAGUUCACCACUUCCACCCCCACCACCACCCUUUCCCUCACGCCCACCUCCACCCCAGCUCCACUCACCGUUAACAAGAAAACCAAAGGGCUUAUCGAUGGGCUUUCCAAAUUCUUUACCCCCUCCCCUGUGGGGCGUCGCUCGCGAGCCAUAACCAUACAGUUGCCCGGCAAACAGUUAUGUUCUAGGGAAAAGGGUGCGCCACAGAAAGCGUCCAACCCACCAGAGUCGGCCUCCUUAGUUGCUGAUGCACCUCAAAAGAUAACGCCCUCAUCUUCAGCACUUCCACCUCCCGCCGCAUUGCCAGGACUUAGCUCCCCCUUGCAGGUGUCCGGCAGCUCCACCUCUGCUAACUCGCCCCAAAGCUCUUCCAGCCAGUCUAGUGUUCCCUCCCUGAGUAGUCUCUGCAAUCGCAGCCAGCUUAAGGGGCUUUUUGACGGACUCUCGCACAUUUACGCAACUCAGGGACAGUCGCGGAAAAAGGGACUCCCUUGCUAUGCACCGCCUAAGCGCAUGCAUCAUAAGCAGGAUUUGCCCCACGCGCCCAAAACGGGGCUCCAGCACCUUGGGAAAAAAGAGUUUAAUAAAAACAGGUUUCCAUCGCACUCUGCAUCUGCUGGGCUGAGCCGAGCCAGAGGACAUCCAUUUAAGAUGGUCAGUCAUUUCAAGCGUAACCCCUUCCUCAAAAAGCACAGGACACUAGGCAGGCUGAGGUAUAAAGUGAGCCCCCAGAAGGGAGCGCCCUCCUCAGGAAAGGGAGACUUGACAGACGGAAGAAUUAAGCCUGAGAAUAAUCAUGGCCACAGUGGGGAGCUGCCUGUGAAGCAGGAAGCCCAGACACACUGCGCCGCAAUGUCCAGAGACCACGUCACAGAGGAGGACAUGGAGACGUUUGCACUUGUCCAAGAGCGCGCUGCACAGAGAACUGGAUCUCUGAAUGCAGACUCCAUGCGUUACCCUGCUCUUAUCGAGUUUGGAAAGUAUGAGAUUCAAACCUGGUACUCGUCACCCUACCCGCCUGAAUAUUCAAGAUUGCAGAAGCUUUUUCUGUGCGAGUUCUGUCUGAAGUACAUGAGAAGCAAAAACAUUCUCCAGAGACACACAAAGAAGUGUGGCUGGUUCCACCCGCCAGCCAAUGAGAUCUACAGAAAAGACAACCUUUCUGUGUUUGAGGUUGAUGGAAAUGUCAGCAAACUAUUCUGCCAAAACCUCUGCCUGUUAGCCAAGCUUUUCCUGGAUCACAAGACCUUGUAUUAUGAUGUGGAGCCGUUCCUCUUCUACAUACUCACACAGAACGACGAGAAAGGCUGUCAUCUUGUGGGCUAUUUCUCCAAGGAAAAGCUUUGCCAGCAGAAGUACAAUGUAUCCUGCAUAAUGGUCAUGCCUCAGUACCAAAGGCACGGAUUUGGAAGGUUCCUGAUUGAUUUCAGUUACCUUCUCACCAGGCAAGAAGGACAAGCCGGCUCCCCGGAGAAGCCACUGUCAGAUCUGGGUCGCUUAUCCUACCUGGCAUAUUGGAAAAGUGUCAUACUGGAGUACCUUUCUAAGUACCCAGAUAAACACGCCAGCGUUAAAGGAAUAAGCAGGGCCACUGGGAUGUGUCCACACGACAUCGCCGCUACUCUCCAGCAGCUCGGCAUGAUUGACAGGCGGGAUGGCAGGAUUGUGUUAAUCAGAAGAGAGCGAUUGAUCCAGAGGCACAUGGAGCGGCUGAGGGCCAACCCCCGUCAGUAUGAAGUCGACCCCGACGCCCUGCGCUGGACACCUGCCACCACUCACAACGCCGUCCUUUCUGAAGAGGAGAGGGAGGCGGAGAUGGACGCUGAGCAGCUGAAGGAACAGGCUAGCUGUUGGGAGAAAGAAGAGCAAGAAGGUUACGUGACGACUCCGGGCAGCAGGCAACCUUUUGCUCAAGUCCACUGCAAGGUUCCAUACAGGACCUAUGAACGUCGCGCCACUGCGUCCUGGACCAGGCGACUCCAGAAGUCGGAGGAUGUAAGUGAGGAUGAAGCCGCUGACGGCAGCGAAGACUCCGACAGUUCUGAUGGCGCCCCGCCCAUUCUCACUAAAGCACACGCACUUGCAGCUAAGAGAAAGAGGAGCAUCGUGCUCAAUAAGAGAGGCCGAAAGAGAAAGCGAAUAAACAGCAGUGUGACAACAGAAACCAUCUCUGAGACGACAGAGGUGUUGAACGAGCCUUUCGAUAACUCUGAGGAUGAGCGCCCUAUGCCCCUGCUGGAGCGCACCUGCCGAGUGGGCAGAAUGGAAGAUGAAAUUACACCAGUGAAGCGUCGCAGAGGUCGACCGAGGCUGGAGAAAAAUAUGCAGAAGGACAAUCUUGAACAGUGGAAUGAAGGAGUUGAUGUCAUCUCCAAGAGACCCAACAGACCUCGGCCAGUUAAACGCAAGAAGGGCUGGCCCAAAGGGGUGAAACGGGGCCCUCCGAAAUGGAGACUCAAGAAUGAGCGAAAGAUGGGCUUCAAGCUGAACCUCUACACGCCUCCUGAAACUCCGAUGGAGGCAGAGCAGCAUCCGUUUCAAACUGAGGAAGGCAAAGCUGAUCCAGAUCUGGACACUGUCAGUACAGAGGAACGUUGCAAAACAGGUGGGGGUUCCCCCAGUCCAGAGAGGACUGUAGAGAGGAUGCCAUCUCAGCCCCAGAGCCCUGCUGAUCACGACUCCCAUAAGACAAGUUCUCCCGAGGGUUCACCUGUGCCUUCUCCGGUGUGCUCUCAUGUCAGCUCUCCUGCAGCCAUGUCGCCCAGGCAGGAGGAUGGAGGACCUUCCCCAGAGAUGGCUGAAGAUGACCCACAUCAGAGUGAACGGGACUCUCCGCCCACAGAUGUGGAACACUGCACAGAAGCUGCUGUUUCGAUGGAGAAUGAGCAUGAGGAAGAUCCUCGGGAGGUUGAGCAUGGAACACGUAUUGAGGAUCAGGAUGUAGAUGAUGGAGACAGCAGUCGCCCCAAGACUGCUGAGGCCGAAAGCACCAAGGCAGAUUUAGAACCGAGCUUGAAAGAAGUACCCGAGUGUACCACACCUUUUUUAGAGCCAAAACAAGAUGAUGACUCUGACGUGGGUCAGCAGGUUUCUACAGUACAGUGUAGUGGAGAAGAACCAGCUGCCACUGCAGAAAGCAUCCAGGAUGGAGUGGCAGAAACCUCGCCUGCAGCAGUAGCAGCCGUAGACUCUGACAACCCUGCUGAUUCUGAGUCAGAAGAGGAGAGCCCACCUAGUCCAGAACAUCCGCUGCCUCAGCCGGUAGAAAGGCCACCGCUUAGUCCUGCGGUGAGGGAGGAACCCCCAGUCUGCACAGAGGUUGACUCUGAGACAGCCCAAGCGGUUCAGUCGCUGACGCAGGAAACUGAACGGGAGAACAUUUUCCAGGACUGUGUGGAGAACCAGGAGCCCUGCAGGAGCCUUCAGACGUACGCCCAUGUGGCUCACAGCCCCCAGCUCACCUCACUGGACGACUGUCCCCAAUCAGACCACAGCAGUCCCCUUUCUUCGGCGCACUCCCAUCCCAGUCAGUCAGUGCGCUCUGUUAACAGCCCCGCUGUCUCCAUCCUGGAGAACAGCUACACUCAAAUCAGCCCAGACCAUAGUGCCAUCUCCGUACCGUCCCUCCAUAACAUGGAGACGAGCCCCAUGAUGGACGUGCCAUCUGUGUCGGAUCACUCCCAGCAGGUGGUGGACAGCGGCUUCAGCGAUCUGGGCAGCAUCGAGAGCACCACAGAAAACUACGAGAACCCCAGCAGCUACGACUCCACCAUGGGAGGCAGCAUCUGUGGGGCGGGCCCCUCCCAGAAUAGCUGCUCCUACGGGAGCCUCCCGCCGAGUGGCCUGGCCCAAAGCAGCUGUGCUGUGAGCCAGCAAAUGGCCGCCGUGAACCCCAGCAGCUGCGGUAUGAUUCAGCAGAACAGCCUGAGCUCACCGCAGCACUGCAACGUCAAGUCGCCCCAGGGUUGCGUGGUGGUGGAGAGACCCCCGAGCAACAGCCAGCACAGCCAGCGCAGCCAGCACAGUCAACACAGCUCCAACAGCAGGCACGGCCCACACAAUCAGCAUAGCCAACACAAUCAGCACGGCCCUCACAAUCAGCUGAGCCAGCACAGCCAACACAGUCCCCACAGCCAGCACAGCCACCACCACAAUCACCACCUUCAGCACAAUCAGCUCAGCCAGCACAAUCAGCACGCGCAGCAUAGCCUUCACAAUCAACACAGUCAGCAAAGCCAGCAGCAGCCAAUGGCUCAGUGCGCCAUACCCACAAACUUUGCCACCACCAUGCAGUUGGCAGACAUCCCUGAAUCUGGCAACCCCAACUUUGCCCUCUAUGAAAGGAUCAACCACCAGGGGGAGUAUGGCAGUGGGCACUACUCGCAGUCAUCCGGCUUGAGUCUGGCCAAACUGCAGCAGUUCACCAACACCUUCAUAGAUCACCCUCACUCGCUACCAUUCAACCACUCUGCCUCGCACCCCAUCACAUCUUAUGCAAACACACCAUCCCUGUCAUCGCAGCACUCUAGCUUGGUGUCCCUGUCCCAGACGCCACACCGGGUCCCCAACCCCCAGGUGCAAGCCACGAUGACCCCACCCCCAAACCUCAGCUCCCCGCCCCCCAUGAUGCUGCAGCGCAACAUGGGCAUCCCUCCCUCACAGCGGAUCCAGUCACAAAUGGCCUCCAAAAGUCACAUCUCAGUGCGCUCCAAGUCGGCGCCGCUGUCCCACCACCAGCAGCAGAUGUACGCGCGUCCGCCGCAGACCGUGGCCAUGCAGGCGCCCUCCAGGACCCUGGCCGCCAUGCCGCGUAUGAACAUCAUGCCGGCGCCUGCUUACAAUGUUAACUCCAUGAACAUGCCCUCCCUCAAUGCCAUGAACGGCUACAGCAUGAGCCAGCCCAUGAUGAACAGUGGCUACCAUGGCAACCAUGCCUACAUGAACCAGUCACCCCAGUACUCUAUGCAGAUGGGCAUGAUGGGAACACAGCCAUACCCCCAGCAGCCCAUGCAGGCUCCACCACAUGGCAACAUGGUGUACACUCCAGCUGGUCACCAUGGUUACAUGAACACAGGCGUGUCCAAGCAGUCCCUCAAAGGGCCUUUCAUCAGGCGGUAACCAGUAACGUGCAUUUUGCUGUUUGAGGAUGCACUGAUUGGCCUUGUGUGUUUUUGUUGUCUUUUUUUCCUUUCUUUUUUUUUUUUAAUCGUUUAUGACUUAAAAACCAGCAGCACUUGGAAAGAAUGCAAAAAUUUUCAUCCAAGACUAAACUUUGAAGCUAAUGUCAAAAGUAUUUUUGUGUGUCCAGAUGGGAAAGCCUUACAUCGUUACGACGAGAAUCUAUUUAACUAGCGUUGGCGUCUCGGACGUGUGUUGGGGCGCGGCGGGUGGGUUCUGAGAUCGCCGGCGGUUUUGCAGUCGUGUAGCAGCCUCAAAAUGAAGCCAUUUAAUGUGCCUGCUACAGGUGGAGCUCGCGGCUGUGUGUUCAGUGUACCUGUCUAACAGUGCUGACAUUUAGUUUGUACUAUACUCAUGCCUUUGUAUAUUUAAAUUAUUAUACUUAUUUUGUAAAGUGACAACUAGCAUGCUCCAGUCUCCGUUAGUGACAGUGCAUUGAGUUAGUACUGUACAAGUGUUGUGCUUAAUAGCAAGCCAUUUCCAAGAUAUCUGGCCUUUAUUAGGAUUCCCCUCACGGGGAUGAAAGAUGAAACUAUAUUUUGUUUAUUCUAAUAAUGUAAAAAAUGUAAACUUAGUCCUGUUUUCUGUUCUGUUUGAGAGGUUUUAUUGCUAUGUAUGUAUAAUUCUGAAGUCUUUUGUAACAGAUCUCCUCGAGGCAGCUUUCUGUUUGAUAAAGCAGACUGAUUUCUGUCGAAAAUAACAAAGCAUAUCUCAGUGUUUGUACCCUGAAAAAAAAAAAAAUCUAAAAAAAAAAAAAAAAAAAUUUUCAAACUGUCCAGAAAUGUGGCAGAAUUUAGAAGAACUAAAUGAUUAUAACAGUGAAUUAUAAAGAAAGUAUAAAUUUAGUCCAAAGUUGCUAUUUUACAUAAUGCCUUUAAAGCUACGUUUUCAUUCCGUCUGUAGAUUUGUUUUCUAUCUUUAUAAAAUGUUCAAUUUAUAUUUUACCGGAGUGUAGAAGAAUAGAGCCUGUGAAUAGACCAAACUAAGCUAAUGGAUUGCAUGUAAAACGCAGCUUGUACUUGUGUUUUUGUUAAUAUUUCUCUUUUGUAGCCUUUGUACCUGUACAGAGUUGCUGGUAAGGACAGGGGGGAAAUACCUGGCUAUGUGCACACAAAUCAGACAGAAUGACUUUUUCUUGUAUUUAUGAAUUUUUCUCCUUUUGUCAGUCACUUAAAAUGCUGUACAUUUUAGCAUAAGAAUAAAUUAUGAUUGACCAUGUA